AUGGGGAAGAGCAGUAUGGAUUCAUACCGGGGAGGAACGACGGAUGCGUGUGUUUAUGUUGAGACAGCUGCAGGAGAAAUUUUGGAGAAGGACAGAGAAUUGUAUAUGGUGUUUGUAGAUUUGGAGAAGGCGUUUGAUAGAGUUCGAAAGGUGAUCGAGUACGCGCUGCGUAAGAAAGGUGUGACAGAGAAUAUGGUUCAGGCAGUUAUGGAGACUUAUGAAGGUGUAGAGGCGGUGGUUACUGAGGAAGGUGUUAGAUCUGGUGUUUUUGAGGUAAAAGUUGGUGUUCAUCAAGGUUCAGUCUUGUCGCCGUUACUGUUUGCUUGUGUGAUGGAUGUACGAACAGAGGAAGUGAGAAAAAAAGAAGGAUGCUGGUGUUUGUUGUAUGCAGAUGACAUUGUCUUGGUGGCGGAGUCGAAGCAGAAAGUCAUGGAAUGGUACCGAGAAUGGAAAACGGCAAUAGAAGUCAAGGGACUGAAAGUGAAUGAGGCAAAGACGAAGGGCAUGAGAUGCUCGAGGCAGGUGGAGGUGAAGGACAGCGAUAAAUGGCCAUGUGGUGUGUGUGGGAAAAGAGUUGGAGUGAAUUCGAUAAUGUGGGAAAUGCAGUAA